UCGAUAGCAGCACUGCAUGGUCAUGGGGGAGAAGAGAGAAAGAACAAAGCUUCACAGCAAAACCAAAACCAAAACCAAACCAACCAAGAUGGGUCUCAUGAGAACCCCACCAAGCAAAUCACCAACCAAAUCACUCGACAACCUACUCAACUCAAUAGCACCAUCACCAUCACCAACCCAAAAACAACAACCACAACAAGAACAAGAACUACCUCAAUCUAUUCCUAAACGAACAAUCUCCCAAGAACUAGACCCAUUCAAAAAGAAACCAAAACUAAUCAGAAGCCCACCCAAUCAACAACAACAACAACAACAACAACAACAACAACAACAGCCCAAACCACACCAACAACCCUCAUCAAUACCCGUAUUCACUCGACAACCUAAAACACCCAAACCUAGAAUCACUCACACCCAACUAAUCACUUCAUCCUCAUCACAUCAAGCUCAAUCGCCAUCUCAACAUCAAAAACCAUCUCAUAUAGCUCAAGAUCAUCCACCUGAAGAAGAAGAAGAAGAAAAGGAAGAGGAAAAAGAACAUGAAGAGGAGCAAAAUGAACAAGAAGAACAGCAGAAGGAAGACGAACAGCACGAGGAGGAAGGGGAGGAACAGGAACCAAAAGAACAAGAGCAAAAACACCAAGCACAAGAUGAUAAUGAUCCCGAGCCACCCCAAGAUCACGACGUCGUCCAAACCCAUCAGACUAGAAACCACGACACCAGCAAUUUCCCUUCAAGAUCUAUUCCCCAAAUCUCAACUAUUGAUCCUCCUCAGAAGCGCGCCGAACCAUCAUCAAGCCAUUCUUCUCAACUCCCUCCCCAGUAUAUCGAGCCUCCGAUCAUCGCAAAUAAUAACAGACAACCGGCUCAUCCGAUAGAACCUGGAGCACUACCCCCCAAACCUAAACAAACCUCUCGCCGAAAGAGUCGGCAUAGUGAAACAGAUAAACGUCCUAUACAGCCCAUCGAGCAACAUGCACCUCCCAAACUCACUCGACCAGCAGUUACGACGCAACCCGUAACUCAUCAACCCACCUCAGAGCUUAAGGCGUUCACAUCCCGGAAAUCGUUUAUGACUGAAUACGAUACCAGUCGAGAAUCCAACACCACCACUUUAACCCCCAACCUCCAGUUCAUGGAACACAGAAUCGAAGAAUUGGAAGAACUCGUCAAGUUGCUGGAGGAGGAAAGAGCCAUGUCAGAACUAACACGAGAAGUUGAAGAGUCUCAACGGGCUUGGGAUUGCGAGUGGGAUGGGAGUAGAGAGAAAGAGUUCGAUCGAGUUAAACUAGAAGAACGACUUUUAUCGAUCGAAAGUUCCUCAAAAAAUCUUGAAUCAGAAGUCCAACUGAAAUCCUUAGAAUUAAAGAACUUGGACAAUCAACUGUCGAUCAAAGAUCAUCAAUGUUGGGAAUUAGUAGAAAAGAUCAACGAAUAUCAACGACAAAGCGUUUCAUGGCAUCAAGGAUUGGUUGCCGAGCUAGAACAACUUCGGAUCACGAAUGCAGAAUGGGCCCAGAUCGGGCAGAACUUCGAGUCUUUAAUCGAGAUCGAGCGGCGGGAGAAGGAGGAACUCCAGGGCAGAUUCGAGCUCGAGCUUCGCCAGUCCCAACUCGAGCCGAACUUCGAGAUCAACGCACUCAAGUAUCAGCUCGUCAAGGCUGAAAAUCGUGCCGAGCGUCUCGAUGAACAGCUGCGCGAACUGGCUGGUCAGUCUAAAACUUUCCAGGCUCAGUUGAUCUCCGAAACCGCUCUCAAGGAUAAACUUACUAGGGAGCUCGAGCUGUCUGAAUGUCGCGUGAAGAGCCUGGCCGAUCAGAUCACAGACCUCAACAACUCCUUAUCUCAACUCCAGAAGGGCGAAGAGAGUACCCAACGGACCUUAUUGCAAGAUCUUUUGGCUGCCCGGUCGGCCUUGGCUGAGAAAGAGCAGGAAAUUAUUAACUUGAAUGCACGUCUAAGCGUUCCUUCCCAAUCAUCUUUGACGCAACCACCCCCACCAACACUCCAACCCACGGCGAAACGUGGCCGGAAGAAGGCGGAACCAAGAAAAAAGUCAGGGGAAGAGGAGGAGGAAGAGGCUGGAGAGAGGGAAGAGGCGGAUCGAGUGAACGAUCCGGACAGACUGAUCACUUCCGAUUCCUGGGUCUCGAUCGGCGCGGUGGCUAAAAAGCUUAACCGCAAACGACUGUCCAAGGGAGCCAAUCCUUCUCCGUCAGACUCAUCCACUCGCGAUCCUGGGAUCAUCGGACCCUCUUCCAAGAAUGGGGUCGCUGCUGACGAGGACGCGCUUCGACCGAACGACGCCAACCAACCUCCCAAGAGGAGGAAUCCUAAACUGGGCAAAGCCAAGCAAUCGACGCUCACCUCUAAAGAAAAUGCUGAGUCGAUCGAUCAUAACGUCCCUGAGAGCGAUCGGUCUGUCGUCAGCCCUGAACCCGACCUCAUCCAAUCGCUCAAAAAGAAGAACGCUCAAGAGAGUAAAGCAAAGGCAACGAUUCAUACUUCCAAAGAGAAAGCUCAGCCGAAUGUGUCCAAUGAGAACGAUAAUGCUCCAGAAAUAGAAGCAGAGGAUGAGACUGUCGAACCGCCCGAAGAAGCUCCCGAACAACCGACCAACACGCGGGCGAAGAAGAGGGUUGGCAAGGGCAAGGCCAAACAGCUGAGUCCAGACCAAGAAGAAGUCGGGUCGCUUGAACCGGCUGAUCAGCCGCGUGUCGAAACGAAUGUCGAGCAACAGCCAGCGAAGAACUCUAGGCCAGUGAGAGGCAAAGCAACCAAAAAGACUGCCAAAGCCAAUGUCGCCAAAAAUAACCAAAACGACGACGACGAAGAUGACGACGACGCCGAGAAUGAUGACCCAGAACCUGUGGUUGCCAAACGUGGAGCACAGAAACUGACGGCCGUCCAGGUCGGCAUUCCGCGUGGGAGACGGAAGCAGGGCCGAGGUGCUGAGCAGACGCAAGCAGCAGAGGCCGCUGUGGAGAAGGAUCCGGCAGACGAGUCGGAUCUGAUUGUGACUACUAAUGAGGAAGAUGGGGAAGGAGCUGAGGAGCAUGGGGACUCUGCGAUCCUAGCGAUUGCUGAGCAGGACGAUGAUGAGGAUGGUGAGGAUGAACCACGCGCCGAGUCCCGAAUGGGCGAGGAAGAGGAUGACGAAAGAGAGGCCGCUGAGUCGCAAGUUGUCGCCAAGCGCAAAAAACCGGCCGGUCCUGGACGCAAGAAAGUCGCGCCUGCUCGUUCACGUUCCCCUUCCGAAUCCAUUCCUACCCCGCCCUCGCCCUCGCCCGCGUCGGGGAAAAAGAAGACGGGUAACAGUAGCAGUGGCAACAAGGUGCUUGACCCAGACAGAGUGGCGAGCUCAAAUCAGAAUCAGAAGACCCAAGCUGAGCCUAGCAGGAAGAAGAAGUUCGUCGAGAAGACAGAGGGACAAGAGGAGAAGAACAAGAAGAAGAAGAUCACGACUAAGAAGACUGCUGUUGGGAAAAGGGCUCGGGCUGGGAAAGAUAAGGAUGAGGAUGAGAGUGCUCCAGACGUCCCUCGCGAACCCUCGCAUACUCAAAAUGACUCGGAUCUGGCCGGGAAGAAGAAGGGCAAGAAGCGCAAGAGCUCGCUUGGUAGUCCUGCUAACCCUUCCUCGAGAAACGAGUCCGGGCCCGCUCUUGAGAAUCGUGAGAAUCUUGAUAAUGAUGAGCGUCUGGAGGAUGAGGAGCAGGGUACCGUGCUGGAAGAAACUCUGAACAAGAAAAAGAGGAAGAUCUUUCAUUCUAAGAAACCUACUUUGGCUUGGGCUAAUAACAGGGACGACGAAAACAACAUGUUAGGACUUCCGCCGGAACUGAGUCCGAUCAAGAAGCCUGCACCGAAGAACGGCAACAAUCCGUCGGGUCUCAAACGCUCCUCUUCGAAGAUCGGCAAUAUUUUACCCAUGUCGCUUUUGAAAUGAUCUUAAUUGUACAUAUAUCAUUUUUCGUCUCCUUUUUUUUCUUUAGACUCAUUUUUUUAAGGAAGCUUUCAUAUACCCCUAAUGAUUUGUUAAUUCACUUUCUUCUGUGAUGUUUUUUUUUGUUCGAUGGGUCUCCAUUCAUGAUCCCCUUCGCGUUCUUUCUCCUUUUUUUGUUUGGUGUACUCUGGGUGUGGUAUAUGUACUCUGGAUCCGUAGUUCCCCUUUUUUUUCGAGGAUUGUAUGUUCUAGUUCAUGUUGGGUGUUUUUUUUUUGCGCUAGUACUUUUACUUUCUCUCUUCAUCUCAAGACGAUUGAUAUCCACUCAAAAACUACACAACAAAAGAUAUGUUCGUGUGCAAAAUGUAG